AUGAAAUUGUUACAAUUAUGUCAUUUCAAACGUUACAUGACAAUUUGUUUAAAAAAACUUCAUUUGAAACGUUACAUAAACAAAAAGCUGAGAAUUCAAGAAUACAAAGAAAUUCUUCAUCAAGUUAUACGUCACGAGUUUAUAUUUGGAAUGAAUGAAACUUUCAUGACCUCAUCACUCUGGAAUAAAUUGAAAGCUUUUUUUAAGACGAAUAAUGUAAAUAUUCAUGAGAUAACGCUGAGAAAGAUGGGAAAAGAUUUGUGA